CAAACUUGGGCUGCACACAAUCUUCCAGGUUAUUAGCGGGGGCUGCAGGCAUGACGGUUGAAAAUGAGGAAAGGAGGUCAAAGCUCUCCAAGACGGAUUCAGACCUUAGCGACAAGCCACUACGCACUCCUGGCUCGGGAGGCGGGUUCUCUACUGCAACGCCGAUUUCUUUUGACCGCUCCACAUUCUCUGGAGCCACGUUUUCCCCCGAGGACUUCUUGGCAGACCGACGUCACAUUGCCCUAGAUCAGCUCAAAACCGAGCUCCAGCAAGCUUUGAGGGACCUGAAGGCGGAGCUGGUGGAACUCAUAAACCUCGACUAUGCCGACUUUAUAAACUUGUCGACCAAACUGGUGGGCGUCGAUAAGAUCAUAGCUGACAUUAGCCAGCCAUUGGAGAAGAUAAAUACGGAGGUGCAGUCCGUGUAUGAUGCCCUCUCCACAGUUAUAAAUGAGCUCGAGACGGAACUCGAUAAACGUGCGUCCAUUCGGGAGAAGAAGGGGUAUCUCCAACUUUUUGUCAGUAUACAUGAUUCUAUUGGAAAAUUGGACGCCUUGCUUAAUGUGGCGGAGGGAAACAAAUAUGUCAGUGACUUUGAAGGGGACAACGGGUCAACGGAAAAAUCCUUUGGGGACGGAAAGCUCAUAGAAAGGGUUGCCAACGAAUACACCCAACUGCGGUAUUUAAUUUCUCGAGCCGAUAACAAGCCAUUCGUUCAGCAAAUACAAAAGCGAAUUACGCGGAUAAAAGAUACCCUGACUUCGAGUUUAUCACGUUCUUUGACAACAUCUUACUCUGCCGUCAUGAAAAAUGGGGAGAAUCCUUCGACCCACGCCGCCCUUUCUCAAAUUCUUCGUACGUACGUCACGAUUGACAAAGUUGACGAAGCCCAGAACAUCUUCAAGGAGACUGUUAUGCGACCAUUUUUGGACAAGAAUAUUUCACGCCAGGCUCUUGGGGUGGAUUCAAUUGCCACAUCUCCGGUGACGGACAAGAAUCCCCUGCAAGACAUGUACAGUAAAAUUCUCGAAUUUACUCGCAAAGAUUGUGCCAAAGUCCUUGAAGUGACCACCAGGGCCUUCCACGGAACCAAUGGAAACUUGUUGAUACAUGGAAUCUGGGCACCAGUGAUAACCACGAUACUUAAGAACAUCAGCUUCAUCUUUAAUCCCGGCAUUCCUGAAGUCUUUCACAGGAACUACGCUACAACCAUGCGAUUUGUAACCGAAUUCGAGUGCUUGUGCAAAACAAGAAAGUCACUGUCGAUCCUGAGGUCUCACCAAUCGACUGGGGAAUUCAUGCGGCGUUGGCAGUUACCCGUAUACUUUCAGAUCAGAUUUAGAGAAAUCGCAACGGACUUUGAAGAAACUGCUCUGGCAAGCUAUAAUUAUGAUGGCAACUUCACGGCCAAUGACGGACUAAUUUUACCUCCAAGUACGGCACUUAUUGUAUGUAUGCAAUUAUGCUGGGACGACUCGGUUUAUCUCUGUGGGCUAUCUCAUCGCUUCUGGAAGCUGACGCUGCAGUUGCUAGCGCGAUAUACAUUGUGGGUUCGUCAAGCUCUGCAGCCAGAUAUUGAUGUUUCGGCAAUCUCAUCCGACAGUCAAGAUGCGGAGCAAAAGGGCUCGUCUCCGCCAACAACGGUGCGCACGGGUAGUUCAUCGGGCAAGGGAGGUCCGACAAGUACUGAUGCCAGCAGCGAUGCGGCACUCCGAAAAUUCUUGUACUUCUACAAUGAUAUUAGAGGUAUAGAAGAUCAGGUUCAUAAAUUUUUUGACGACAGUAUCAAAUCGAAACUACCGGCCGCAGUCAGAGACGACAGUAUUCUCCGAGAGUCUCUUGAUGCGUCCUUGUCGCCUCUAAAGGCGAUUUUACCACAAUUGAGCCAGCGCGUAUGUAAAGUGCUGAUACGCCGGUGUUCCGAUCCACUGCGCAACAACAUACAUAGCAUAACUCCGCAGUACCGCAUGACAAACAAGGAGCCUCCAUCCCGACCGUCUCAUUUCAUUACGACCAUAUUUAAGCCAUUAUCAUCCUUCUUUGAUGAUCACCGUCAUCUUCUCAAGGCAACAACGAUACCAGAAUGGACAAGUUUUGUGAUGGAUGAUGUUACGGGAAAAUACGCAAAGACCAUGGGUGACGUUCUCUCCCACGUCAAAGGAUUUGAGGAGUAUAAUCGAAAGAAGAAUCUGAAGAAAUCCAGUGCUUUGCCUGGGACCCUGGGAGGAGAGGAAGGAAUGAGUGAUGACGACAAGAUUCGUUUGCAAAUGUAUCUGGACGUGGAUCAAUACGAAAAGCAGUUGAUAGCGUUGGGCAUUAACCCGCGAGAGCUGUCAUCCUUUCGAGAGCUUUCCGACCUGGUUGCCCCUUAUAAAAAUUUGGUUGGGUCGAGAAGAUGACGAAAGUUGGUGCAAUAAUGGUGCCUUUCUGGAUCAGAUCAAUUUCGAUGGUCCAAUGGCGACACACCGGAAUAGAAGCCGCAGAUCUCAACAAAAGGCGUAUAUCGUUACUUGUGAAAUAGAUGAGGCUAUCAUCGUUACUUCCGAGCCAUCUCUUCCAAUAAAAAGUAACAUAAUGGUACAGGAAUACUAGAGCUUCCCAGAACUGUUCAUGUGUGAAGACUGUUAUGCCGAGAAUCCAAUCGUCCUAUACAUAUUUCCCAUCUCUACUAGUCUCCGUUGGAUAUUCCCUUUGUUUAUUAAGAUGCUCUCUCCUUAUUUCUUGGGGGCAGGGGUGUCCUUUUCUAC